AUGAGUGCCAGUCCGGCUGAGCGAAAAAGUAUAUUAAAAUCAAGGGACAUCGAUCUCUCAGAUAAUGCAACCGGCGUCGCAUCUUCUUCGGUAUCAACCAGUCCACCGAGAUUGACCCAUCAACGACACGGAUAUCGCAGAAUGGACUCCCAAGGUUCUGUUCAAUUUUCUCCAGAUCUCGAAAAUGUUCAAGAAAAUACUCACUACUCUACAAUUCCCUUAAUAGUCGAGGGCGAAUCGUCUGAAUCUGCGAACAUGUCUCAAGGAUUGGGAAUAUCUCGAAUGCCUACCUCUGCGAGUCGCAAAUCGCCAAGUCCGCCCAGUCCCUCGAGCGGAUUUUGUAGCCCACCAAUUGGCUCUGCAUCUUUGAUGACCUCUCCUGCAACUUCGACAAAUCGUUUACUGGCAUCUCCAACCUGGACGGAAAAUAAUACAUAUGGUGGAGGAGGAGAAUUUUUGGACGUAGAUCAAGGGCAAAGACGCAACAAUGAAUCUCUGGAUGAACAAGAUAUUUCUAGGGGAAAGAUUUCAGCUUUCACGGAGAGUCUGGACCAGGCUUUUGACACCCCGAAUAUGUCAAGACUGAGCAGUAUCCAUGAAGACCAUGUGCACGACGAGAAACACAUUGGGUGUGGGUGCGCAGCGAAUAAUGAUAUUCAUUCGCAUGUCAGAAGUUGGACCUCAGUAUCCGUUUUAUGCCUCUGCAUAUAUUCAACCAUAUUUUCCGGUAUCUGGUUUUUCAUAGCCAUUCUUCGGCCGCGAUAUGGUGAACAUAUCAAAACUAAUGGUUCGUUGACGCCGUCAACUGCUUCGAUUUUGUUUGCUGGUUUUGCGAAAAGUAUUGAGUUGUCUUUCGUCACUAUAUUUGUUAAUUUCCUUGGGCAAGUCUUAAGUCGGAGGUCUCUUGUUAGAAAUUCUGAUGGUGUCACUGUUGCGGAGUUGACAAUGCGAACUUGGGUCAUCCAACCAGGAUUCAUGAUCACAAACCCUAAAAUUUUGCGAAGAGCCGCAUGGUCAAUCUUGGGGGCAAUUACGUUGACGGCAGCUUUUGUAGCUAUGUUCUAUACCACGGCAUCAGACGCCAUCGUUAGUCCUAGUCUCCAAUUUGGCAAGUGGGAACAUGCAGUAAUGAAAGGAUUGGUUGAAACAAGCUAUGGAAAUCCUUUCUAUGUUGCACAAAAUUGCGAAACUCCAAUUACAACAGCAAUGGAUUCGGAAUACUCCGCUUCCACUUGUGUGGAUAUUGAUCACGCUGGAGAAGCCUAUCAUAAUUUCCUUGAGUAUAUUCGUACUUGGGCCGACAUUGCUGCUGCUGGAGGAAAGGGUAACUCAUCUAAGCUAGCAGACCGUCCAAUUGUGACAGCCAACCUUUAUGACAAUACUACUGUUAGGGCAUCAUGGAUUCGUACCGAUACUAGCGAUAUGGCUGCCAGUUAUGAAAAGUACAAUCGUGUUGUUAACAACGUUACCCUUGCUAUGCCGCACGCUGGUGUCAUUUCCGCUGCGACUGAUUCAAUCAAUGGAAUCUUACAACCUUCUGAUCUUGAGGGUGUAGGAGAAUACAAAGUCAAAGCAUCGGUAGUGAGCCCCACUAUCAAUGUUUUAUGUGUCAACAUGAAUAAAACAGAACUCUCGCCAAUCAUUUAUGUUGACUGGCCUAAUGCAAUCACAACUAACUCUCCAAAUAUUCCGGGCCAGAAAAUGGCUUGGAGUGGUUACACAUCGGAAAUCAAUCUACUACCAGGCCAGGAGUAUCUCAAUAGCACUGCCGUGGAUGAUAUAUUUGGCUGGGGCGUAGAUAAAAAACAGCCUCCAGUAUUCCCAAUGUUACCCAUCGACUACAACACUAUGACCAAUAUAUCGGUAUACAUGAGCGACUAUAUAUACAUUCUUGCUAAAUCAAAUGCCACAGCCGACUAUACUGUAUGCGAAAUGAGCUCCUUUCUUGCAACCGACUGUAGCACGACGUAUUCAGCUUCUGGAGUAGGUGGAGUUUUGGAAAACACUUGCGAAGAUCCCAACGAUGAGAUCGCUUAUGACAAGUCCUACAACCCACCACCACCUCCUCCAGCUCGACAACAAGAUUUUCGAAACAUCAUUUCGGAAUGGGCACUUACAUUGUCUCUCAACACUGGAAUUUCGAAUGAUAAUGCUUCUAUCUCUCGAUUGCUUACACAGUUCGUGACGACAGCUCCUAGCCUGAAUACUACGUUACCCAGUCUUGCAGAAGCCCUCGCUUCGCUAUCCGGCUGUACCUUAUUAAUCAGUGCUCAAGGCGCUACCUACAGACAUUAUAUGGGAUACAACGCUACAAACGAAAUCGUAAGUCCCGGGGUCUACGAACCAUUUAACGCAUCGAUCUCCAGUCAAUCCUACACCUCCGGCCCGGCUGUUCACUGGCAAAACAUGUUCUACGUCGUUCUUCUCCUCGUCUUCCUCACCAAUAUCUUCUGUCUCGGCUAUUUUAUCCGUCAACGCGGUCUCGUCACCGAUUUCACCGAAACUCAAAACUUAUUUGCUUUGGCGGUAAAUAGUCCUCCUUCUCAACGCUUAGGUGGAAGCUGUGGGGCUGGUCCACAAGGUGAUCAGUUGAAUGUUGAUUUCCAUGUUCAUCAUGAAGAAAAUUCAAGUCACUUCUAUCUGAAGGAGGGAAAUAGUAGUAGUGUCUUUGCGCCUUCGAGUUUUGAGCUGAAAAGCAGAAUAGGCUCGGUCACGAAGUUGAAAUCGAGAACGGCGAGCAGUUACAGUAUGUUAAGUAAUAAACGGAGGAGUAUUUUGUGA